AGGCUGAUGAUGCAGAGGCAGCAAAAAUGCUCUAUCUGUCCAAACAGGUGAAUAAUCUCAAACGAAUGGUUCAAGAGAAUGGACUUAACAGAAGAUCUACUCAAUGGCAAACAGUUCUUGAAUGUGAAAUUCAGAAUUUCCCCAUGUUCGAUGAGGAUCAGUUGCGGAAUUUGACUUGUGGCACCUAUCAAUUGAAGCUCUCUCGUAGCUAUAUUCAAGAACACAUUGAGGGAGGAUGUGAUAUUUUCUUCCAUAAAGAAAAUGAUAGGCUCCUAAAGGUGAAAAUUCAGAGUCGGCACACAUCAUCAAAGCAGUAUUUAGUUUGGAUUGAGUAUUCUGAUUACUCUGUAGAGGCAUGGUAUUGUACCUGCAGAGCGGGUGCCAGAGUUGUAGGCAUGUGCUCUCACAUAGCAGCCAUCAUUUGGUACCUGGCAAAAGGAAGACAUGAACAAAGGACAUAUGGUGUGCGUGACUGGAGUGAGCAUGUCCUUGAUGCAGCUGACAUCCCACCUGCUUUGGACGAGUCUGACAGUGAUGACAGUAGCUGUGAAAGUGUUCCCCCGAGGAGUGAACAUUUUAAGUCGGAUGCGGAAAUUGGGCCGCUCAGCAUGUAG